AUGCUACUCUGCAGCAUCAUCAACGAGCUGCAAAGUCUUAUGCAUGCUACUACCUAUCUAGCCUAUGCUACAAGGGCUGUUAUACAUGCUUAUAAGACAGCAGCCGUCGCUUAUAUCGCACGUCCGCAAGAGGUAUAA